AUGGCGUCGAACGAGAAAACCGCCGAAUCCACCACCACCGAGACGGAUGGCGUCGUCCGCCCGGCCGGCUGGAUGUACCGGUCCAUUAAAAUUGGUAGCUUCGAUUUGGGCUGGUACGCAUCGCCGCACAUCCAGCUGGGCAUGAUCGCAUUCGUCUGCUUCAUGUGUCCGGGCAUGUUCAAUGCGCUGCAGGGUCUGGGUGGUGCGGGAAAUACCGAUACCCAGGUGGCCGACAAUAUGAACACCGCGCUCUACAGCACGUUCGCCGUCGUCGGUUUCACCGCCGGAUCCGUGGUCAAUCGCGUCGGCAUUCGCUUCGCGCUGGCCUUUGGCGGUAUCGGUUACACCCUCUACUCAAUUAGUCUGCUCGUCUCGGUCCACAAGUAUGUUCCCGGUUUCAACAUCUUCGCCGGCGCCUUGCUCGGCGUGUGCGCCGGUCUCCUCUGGGCCGCCCAGGGGACCAUCAUGAUGUCUUAUCCUCCGGAGGCGCGCAAGGGCCGCUACUUCACCUGGUUCUGGUCCAUUUUCAACGUCGGCGCUUGCGUAGGCAGUCUGAUUCCGCUCGGCGAGAACAUCCACGUCAAGGUCGCCAAGACCGUUACCGAUGGCACUUAUAUCGCCUUCAUCGUGCUCAUGGCCUUUGGUGCCGUCCUGGCUCUAUUCAUCUGCGACGCCGACAAGAUCAUUCGCAAGGAUGGCACAAAGGUCAUCCUGAUGAAGAACCCCAGCUGGCGCAGCGAGAUCUUUGGUCUGUGGCAGACCCUCCGCAGCGAGCCCUGUGUCAUUCUUCUUUUCCCCAUGUUCUUCGCGUCCAACUGGUUCUACACCUAUCAGCAGAACGGUCUGAAUGCCGCCUACUUCAACACGCGCACCAAGGCUCUGAAUGACUUCCUCUACUGGUUUGCGCAGAUUGUAGCUGCCCUGUUCCUGGGCCCCCUGCUCGAUCUCAAGUACUUCCGUCGCUCUGUCCGUGCCAAGGCUGCUCUCGUCUUCUUGUUCACUAUCACCAUGGCCAUCUGGGGCGGUGGCUAUGCCUGGCAGAAGGGAUACACCCGCGAGAGCACCGUCGCGUACGACCCGAAGAAAAACCCUAACGGGUUUCACGCCUGGGACUGGACCCAUUCAGGCUUCCUCGGCCCUAUGUUCCUGUAUUUCUUCUAUGGCAUGUUCGACGCCUGCUGGCAGGGCACUGUUUACUGGUUGAUGGGUGCCCUCGGUAACUCAGGCCGCAAACUCGCCAACCUGGCAGGCUUCUACAAGGGUCUGCAGUCCGCCGGCGCAGCGGUCAUGUGGAGCAUGGACAAGAACAAGAUGCCGUAUAUGAAUGAGCUGGCCUCCAACUGGGGCCUGCUAGCCGGUGCCGUCGUCGUCGCCGCCCCUGUCUUCCUUUUCAAGAUCAAGGACCAUAUCUCGGUCGAAGAGGAUCUCGCCGAUGUCGAUGAGACCGCUGAGGAUGUUCUGCCCCCGCAUAUGUUGGCGCAGAAGCGCAUGGGCGACGAUAGUAUUUAA